AUGGCACCUUCAUUAUCCGAAUCGUCAUCAUCAUCAUCCCUUGAGCGUGAGCAUAUGGAUGCUGCCGAACGCAAGCUCAAGAGUCUUGAGAAGCUUGAUGACACAGGCGCUGGCACCAAGUUCAACUGGUUCACGGUGCGUACCAUUUUGACAGCUGGUGCAGGUUUCUUUACCGAUUCCUACGACAUUUUCAUUAUCAAUUUGGUCACCCCCAUGCUUGGCUAUGUCUACUACCCACACAUGAACAACAAGGUUCCAUCCGACAUUGAAGGUGUCAUCAAGGGUAUGACCUCUGUGGGUACAAUGUUUGGACAACUCUUUUUUGGCGCUCUUGGUGAUAUUCUCGGACGCAAGAUUUACGGCUUUGAAUUACUCGUUAUUAUCAUUGGUACUAUCAAUUGUGCAACUUCUGCAUCCACCGUACGUGGUGUCUCGGCUAUUGCUUUCCUUGGUCUAUGGCGUUUAAUUCUUGGUUUUGGUAUUGGAGGUGACUAUCCUAUGAGUGCUACUGUUGUAUCAGAAUGGAGCACCACGGGUCGUCGUGGUAUGAUGAUGGCCUUGAUCUUCUCCAUGCAAGGUAUUGGUAACUUGGCUGCUGCUAUUGUUACUUUGAUUAUCCUUGCCAUCUUCAAGGGUGCUGUCAACGAUGAUGUCUUCAACCUCGAUUAUGUUUGGCGCUUGUGUAUUGGUCUUGGUGCUGUUCCUGCUGUUGGCACCAUCUACUUGCGCUUUACUAUGCCUGAAUCGCCUCGCUAUGCUUUGGACGUUGAACAUGAUGUGGAAGCUGCUGCUGCUGCCAAGGGCCAAACCGUAUCUGAUGAUCUUGUCAAACAAUAUACCAAGGUGGAUACCAAACAACGUAACCAUUGGGCUGAAUUCCGUGCCUACUUUGGUCAAUGGAAGCAUCUCAAGACUUUGCUCGGUACUUCGCUCUCUUGGUUCCUUCUUGAUGUUGCCUUUUAUGGUCUUGGUCUCAACAACUCGUACAUUCUUGAAGCUAUUGGCUUUUCCAACAAGACGACUCCCUUUGAGACUGUAUGGGCCAACACGGUGGGUCAAAUCAUCAUCACUUGUCUUGGUUCGGUGCCUGGUUAUUACUUGACAGUCAUCUUUGUUGAACGUUGGGGUCGUCGCCCUAUUCAAAUUAUGGGCUUCACCAUGUGCACCAUUCUUUUCACCAUUCUUGCCGCUGCUUAUUAUCCUCUUCGUGACAAUGCCAUGCCUGCUUUCAUUACGGUGUUCACGCUUGCUCAAUUGUUUAUGAACUUUGGUGCCAAUUGUACUACCUUUAUCAUUCCUGGUGAGGUUUUCCCAACCAAGGUGCGUGCUACUGCCCACGGUAUUUCUGCAGCUUCAGGAAAGGCUGGUGCCAUUCUUGCUUCAUUUGCUUUCAACGUGCUCGUGGAUCAUGGUGGUGCUCCUGGUGAGCAUGCUUUCCUUCCUCAAACUUUGGGUAUCUUUGCCGGUAUCAUGUUCCUUGGCCUUGUUGUCACAAUCUUGUGGAUCCCAGAAACCAAGGGCCUUGACUUGUCUGUAUUCGAGGAAGACUAUGUCCCACCCAACAUCAUGGUCGAAAAUGACGAUGCAAAUGCUCCUCGUGAAUCAAUUGAUGCCGACACUGAACCCAAGCAUCAUUAG